AUGGAGAGCCUACAAAUUCUCACGCUAAUCAUUUACAUUACUUUCUUUUGUUUCAUGCCCACUUCCUCUACUAUCACUCCAAAUCAGUCCUUAAAAUAUCAUGAGACACUUGUUUCUUCUGCAGGAACCUUUGAAGCUGGAUUUUUUGACUUUGGAAACUCAAGAAGACAAUAUUUUGGUAUAUGGUACAAGGGCAUAUCACCUAGGAUUAUUGUGUGGGUUGCCAACAGGAAUGUCGCAGCACAAAACUCAACAGCAGUUCUUAAACUUACUCAUCAAGGACAUCUUGUCAUUCUUGAUGGCUCCAGAGGAAGAGUGUGGUCCUCCAACUCAUCAAAAAUUGCAGUGAAACCAGUUAUGCAACUUUUAGAUUCAGGAAACCUUGUUGUCAGAGAUGGAGAGAGCUCAGAGAACUUCUUGUGGGAAAGCUUUGAUUAUCCUGGAGACACUUUCCUUGCAGGCAUGAAACUGAAAAGUGAUUUUGUUACUGGUCCAUAUCAGUAUCUCACGUCUUGGAGGGACGAUGAUGAUCCAGCUGAAGGUGACUUUUCUUAUAAGAUCGAUACAAAGGGCUUUCCUCAACAAGUUACUACAAAUGGAACUACAAUUUUUUACAGCACAGGGCCUUGGAAUGGCUAUCUUUUCAGUGGUGUUUCUUGGGACAGAAUGCACAGAUUCUUGAAUUUCUCUCUUGAGUUCACUAAGAAAGGGGUUUCUUAUGGAUAUGAAACGUUAAACAGUUCAGUGCUUACUAGAACAAUGCUUAAGCUCGAUCCAAGAGGGGGUACAGAGCGUUCUCUAUGGUCAAACCAAAAACAAAGUUGGGAUAAUGUAAACAGUCAUCCACUAGGUCAGUGUGAAUAUUUUGCAGCCUGUGGCGUCAACUCUAUCUGCAAUGUUAAUAAUGAUCCAAUAUGUGAAUGCUUGCAAGGUUUCACACCAAAGUUUCAAGAUAAGUGGGAUUCUCAUGAUUGGUCUGGUGGUUGUGUCAGAAGAACAAAGUUAAGUUGUGAUGAUGGAGAUUGGUUUAAGGAGUACACAGGAAUAAAGCUUCCAGAAACGUCUUCUUCCUGGUUUAACAGGAGCUUGAGCCUUAAGGAAUGUGAGACAUUGUGUUUGAGAAAUUGCUCUUGUACUGCAUAUGCAAAUUCAGAUAUUAGAGAUGGUGGGAGUGGUUGUUUGCUUUGGUUCUAUGACAUUGCGGACAUGAGAACUCACACUGAUCGAGGGCAAGAAAUUCAUAUACGACUGCCAUUUUCUGAACAAGGUAAUUUCAUUUCCAUUCAUUUUAUGCCUCUUUGUCAGAUUUAGUUCAAAAAUAUAAUUUAUGUUAAGUUGGA